GCACCGGCGGCAGCGCGCCACGACGGCCAUCUUCCCUGCUCUCAUCCGCCGUCACAUAACCUCUACUCCCCUUGCUUAAUUAUCAGGAAUUCCAUUAAUUCUACGUGAAGAUCAAGCAUGGCAGCAGCAUCCCCAGUCACAGCCGACUUCUCCUCACCGCCGCUCAAGCGAAGCAAGAUUGUCCUGCUUGGGGACCAAAGCGUCGGAAAGACGAGUUUAAUCACGAGGCGAGUUGUGUCCCUACGUUUGACAUUCAUGUAUGACACGUUCGACAACACGUACCAAGCUACUAUCGGAAUCGACUUCCUGAGCAAAGCCAUGUACCUAGAAGACCGGACUGUCCGGUUACAGCUUUGGGAUACUGCGGGGCAAGAACGCUAUCGGUCCCUCAUACCGUCGUACAUCCGCGACUGCUCAGUGGCCAUAGUGGUAUUCGACAUAACCACCUUUAUCGAUAUCGUAUUUGUAGAUCGACAGUCCUUCCUGUCCACCUCCAAAUGGAUAGACGAUGUUCGCUCGGAGCGAGGGAACGACGUAAUCGUCGUCCUCGUAGGCAACAAGGCGGACCUGUCGGACAAGCGGUAUGAUCCUUUGACACGCUUCUUGAACGCAUGCUUAGGCGAUAUCCAGACAAGUCACACUCGAGGAGGCGAAUGCGAAAGCGUCGGAGCUAAACCUCAUGUUCAUGGAAACGUCGGCGAAGGCUGGGCACAAUGUGAAGAGUCUGUUCAAGAAGAUCGCCAUGUCGCUGGUGGGCAUGGAGAAGGAGGGUGAGCAACAGGAGGCACAAAACGCCAGUAAGUGUCCCCGCAGU